AUGACUUCAACAACGAUGUAUGAUCCUAUAAUAACCUCCCCACCCUCUCUCUUUCCUCUCCUUCCCCCUCUACAUCAACACCAGAGACGACAUUUUUACCUAUGUGGUGACGAAACACUAUCAUGGGAAUCCGAAUGGUACACCGCAUCUUUCUUUACUAGUGCAAGAGCUUCGUACGAUUCUGCAGCUUCGACUGGACCUGUACAACCUCCGACAGGGAUCUAUCAGAAUGUUCCAGAGUGCGCUGCUAUACUCUCUUCGCAGCUUGCUGAAGCUUCCAGUAGUGGUCUAUCGGCCGCUUCAGUUUCAGGAGCGACGUUCACAGACGGAGGACAUAUCAUCACUACCGAUGUGGUAUCGACUUUCACAUCGGAUGGGAGUACGUUCGCUUCUACGGUGUUACGAACAACGACCAUACCCAUCACACCUUCUCCCACCUCCACACAAACCUUCUCUUCCUCAGAAGUAGCUACCAUCACGCCGACCGCUCCAGCUAGUGCAAUCACAGACCCCAGCUCUAUCAACACCUGUGCAGGAGAUUGGGAUUGGCAAGGAUGGGGAGUAGUAGCUGCUUUAGGAUCAGGACUGAUAGUAGGUUGGAUAAUGUGGUUGAUCUGGUUGACAUUGAGAAGGAAAUUACCUGGUAUUUACGCUCCGAGGAGAUGGGCAAUAUCUCAAGAAUUUCGACCUUCCAAUUGGACAUUUAUCACCUUCCUACUUCCUUUCCUGCGUCUUCCUUCAAACGCCUUGUCGGAAGGCGCAUCAGCCUUAUCAGUACUCUUUGCAGGUCUCAAGCUUUCCGCUCUUAUAUCGCUUCUUGCUCUAGUUGGGGUCCUACCGAUAAUCCUGGCCGAUGUACCAUAUCCUAGUCCGGACUCAGCAGCUACUUCGAACACUUUGCGAUUGAUGUUCUCCUCCCCAUCUCUGGGUGCUAGGUCAUUAACCUCUACCAUAGCCCCUGCAAUCUCAUCGGCUAGAGUUAGGCUGAUAAUCAUCCUAGUGAUAUUGGCCGUUUUAGCUUGUGGCGGAGGAAUGUUUGUGAUUGCUAGAACGUACGCUUCACUGAUGAAGUUGAAGAAAGGCUUUGAGAGUAAAACGUGCCAGAAGAUGGAGAUGAUCUUCAUAUCUUCACACGAUGCUGGAGGAUGGAGAGGCAAGAGCGAAGAAGGGGUCAGAAGAUUGUUGAGAGAUUGGUGUGCUCAGAUGAGAUUGAAUAAUGAAGAGAAAGAGGUGGAUGUAGUGGGAGUAUUUGCUAUGCCAGAUACCACCGAUCUCAGGCAAAAGAUCGAAGAACGAGAGCAAGUUCUGAUUGAGUUGGAAGUGGCGGAAACGAAUUAUAUCACUUCGUUCAAAUUGACUCAUACAGCUUCAGAGGGAGAUGUACUGGAACCGAUAGGAUGGAACGAAGGAGAGCCAGAAUCUCAAUCCACCAAGAAUUCUUCACCAGUCCGCCCAACUCCUCCGAAUGAUUUCGUAGCUCCCAAAGGAUUUUACAAGAUUCCAACAGUUUCUCAUCCCCAAUCUCAAGAGAGAUUGAACGUACCAGUUCCACCUUCCCUCAAUCUCGAAGAGGCGGGAGAACCGACUGAUUCGAAGUUCAAAGAGAUCAAUAGGGAUUCAGCGAUGUAUGGAGGAAGGUUCGAUAUCGGUCAAAGGAUCAAGAUGGACCAAACGGGUAAUUGGGUUCCUGAUCCGAGUCCUCAAUCUGAACAGACCAAUGAGUUUGACACAUCGCCCGAUACAUCUCAUGAAGGACCAACAAGUGAAAGAGGACGGAAUUCUAGUGAUCCGCCCCACAGUGAUGAAGCAACCAGUGGCAUGAGCACUACUCCGAUCAUAUCGUCUCCUACCAGUCCUGGACCGCCUGUCUCGCCUACUUCACCAUACUCUCCUGAAGAGCUGGGCCAAAGACCCAGAAUACCAACGAGAUCAUCUCAUAGGGUUUCGAAAGAAGGUACUUCCCCUUUGGCAGCUCAUUAUGCUACAAUCAGAGGAACAAGAGCGAGGUUCAAGGAAUUGAAUAUGGAGAUUGAAGGUAUGCAAAAGCAGAAGUUCGCGGAAAUAGCUUCAACAACCGCCGGUAUAAAAGGAUGGAUAAUAGUGGGAAAGGGAGUCAGAUGGUUACCCCAUGCUGAGCUCAUUGAAGGAUGCACCAAGGAAGAUAUACUGUGGCAGAACGCUGGUGCACCGACCAGAAAGAAGGAUCAGCGGACGUUUUGGUUGAAAGUCCUGCUGUCGGGUGGGGUGAUGUCGAUCAUAUUGGUACCCUUCCUUGCCCUCAGUGUCGGCACAGCACCGGGAUUCGCUCAUUACAUAGGAUUGAUGAAGCCUAUUGCGACAAGUGACGGAUUUGGGUCGGGUGUGGUAGAAGGUUUGGUCCCGGCGGUCGUUUUGUCUCUAGUCGUCGUAGUGGCUUUACUCUUGACUGAAGGGUUUUCGAAAGAUGUGAAAUGUAUCUCACGGAGUCAUCAGAGAUUUCUGGCAUACAGAGCUGUCUUCUAUCUCUUGCUUUGGAUCACAGUCGUGUGGACUGUUCUGGUCGUUACCCUAGAGUACGCUGUGCAGGGGUUUGCGAUGAACGUGCAGGAAGCAAGGACAGUCGGUGAUGGAGCUGUAUUCUCAACUUGGUUCGUCUUUGUACUCCUACUCAACUUGGGGUUCGUCUUGCCGCCUUUGUACCUAUUGCAACCACUUCGGAUUUUCAAGUAUCUCAAACACAGGAAGAAAGCUAUAACCCCGAGACAGAAGUAUCGGCUCUACACUUCUCCCUCUUACUCUCCAGCUAUCGGUAUGGCCCCUUGCCUCCUGGCUGUGUUUUACGCUUCAACCCUCCUCUUCAUCUUCCCUUUGCUCGCUAUCCCGAUCUUGGUCCUACUGUACCUCUCAUUCAUCGCCAAUCGAUAUAUGAUAGAGCACGUUUUCGUGGACUCAUCGGCAGGAUAUACCGGCACGGUAUUAGCCUUAUGGUCUGUAAGGAGGUUUGGUAGGGUUUUGGGAUUUCAACCGUUGCUCUACGGAUUGAUCUUGCUAAGUAGGAAUGAAUGGGCGAUAGGAGGUGUCAGUAUCGGUGUGGCUGUUAUCACUGUGCUCCUCAGUGAGGGAUUGACGGUUUUGAGAUUUAAAGAAAAGAUGAGAAAAGAUCUCAAUGGUAAUACUAGAAAAGCUUUGGACGAACUUUCUUCGUCUAUGCAGGAUACCAAGAAAGAUGAUGGGAAUAGGAAUGGGAGGAACUCGCGUCAAUCAGAUUUAUCAUUGUUAAAUCGAGUGACAGCUUUGUUACCUGGUUUUGGUAGAUUACCUGAUCAUUUCCCAUUACCUAUCCCUACGGAACGAAUGGAUGAUUCAAUACAGACUGAACGAUGUUCGUAUCACAAGCCUGCAUCCAGAUCGGGGCAAACGGCAGAAGGUCAUCAGUAUUUUACGGAAAAUCUAAAUUCGAUUAAAGGAUUGAUAUACCCUUUAGAAAUGUUAAUACCCAUACCGGUCAUUUGGUUACCCCAUGAUGAGAAUGGGAUCGCUCAAGGGGAGAUGAUUGAAUUGGGAAGGUAUCAUAAUUUAUCGGCUAUUGUGGAUCAACCGGACGAAAUCGAACCUCAAGGUGGAAGUGAUGAUAAGACCAGGAGAGCGAAGGGUAAAGGUAAGGAGAGAGGGGAAAGGGAUGAUGGAGAAGUUAAUUCGCCUUUGUUAGUUCGUUAG